AUGGUACUUUUUGUUAAAAAGAAGUUGAAAGAACAUAUCCCUUCCACGGAGAGCAUUUUUCACAAAGAAAAAAUUGUGGUCCUAGGUAAGAUGUUGAUGACCACAUCUCUAACCAUGGAGAAGAGAGCUCAAGCUGCCUACAGAAUUGGAAUAUUGGCCUACACAGGAGGACCCACUGCCGGGAAAUUUGCGGCUGAGUACAUGAAAGAAGUGCACGACUUGCUGCAAAACCACGUGUUGGUGCCGGACACGAAGAUUCUGCUGCUCCAAAGUGUAGCCUGCUGGUGCUACUCCAACCCCACCAGCCAGAUACGAGCCAAACUCCUGAAUUUCAUCCCUCUUCUUGUGGGCUUCCUUGAGGAAAAACACGAGUCUGCUACCAAGAGGGAAGCAAGCAGACGCCUCCUCGUUAAGUUUUGGUCUUGCUACGUUCUCUCUGUCAUCACGUGCAAUAACAUGUCUUGCAUAAAGGUGCUCAGGGAGUGUACCAAUGUCAAGUACCAACUGCAAGCUCUGGCUUUGGAGAACUGGUCUGGAUGGCCCGAGAAUUUUGCAGAGGUGCUGUAUUUCCUAGUUGGAUUUCACAAGAUUUAAUAUCUCAGAGCCCUUGACCUGAUGCACCUGU